AUGGUGUCUCUACUUGAAUUCCAUCCACAGCUAGGCUUUGAUUCAAAGCUGCUUGCCAACACGACGCUGCUACUUCCAUCUUGCAAUUCAAUCGGAAACAUUGGCCAGCUGUCUCUGGAUCUGCUCAUUUCGUCACUCAAUGCUCAAUUGGUUGGACAUUUGGAGUCGCCCUUUGUUUUGCCUGUUGUUGGGAGCAAUGCAUUCAGUGACAAGGGUAUCCAUCCAUUGACUACCUCAUUUGAAGUCUUCCAAUCUCCCCAAACCCCAACAAUAACCCUCCUCCAAAUCCGCGGAACUAUAAUACCAAACCGAUCACAACUAUUCGCCUCAUCAAUCCACGCAUGGGCUGAAUCGAUUCAAGUCGCUCGUGUCAUUAUCGUGUCUGGUGCAGACGCGACUGCACGUAUAGAUUCACAGAUAUCGAGGCCUGUUAUUACGUUUUAUACUCCUUUGUCGAAUACCAGUACGAUCAAUAGUGUGUAUGGCAAAGAGAUGGAUGUGAUGCAGUGGACAAAGUUGGAGGAAUUGACAGAGACUAAUAGUGGUGGUGUUGGCCUAGUCAAGUUUCUGGUCAAAACGUUUGAGAAGCAGGAUGCGGGGGGUAUUCCAUUGUUGUGCUUGUUGUGGUAUACUGUUGAAGGAGACAAUAUACCAGACUCUCAAUAUGUAGUAUCAGGACUAAACCAACUCCUCAAAUUAAGCAUCAGUGACUACAAAAUGCCUCCUUCGUGGAAGGGGUUGUUUGGUAAUGCUCCACCAUCAUCAUCCAUCUUCUUGUAA